CUUAAACAGCAGCACACCGAGAACAGCCAGAACGAAACUGUGUAAUUCUACAUUAUGGAAGUUAAAAUGUUUUUGGUAUAGCUGACCAUCGACACCCUCUCCAGCUGCUGUGCUGAUUCUCAUCCAUAAACCCACAUCAUCUACAGAUAAAAAAGAAAGAAAGAAAGAAAAAAAUAUGGCAGCCAGUGAAUCUCUGCCAGAAAGAAGAAUUGUUCUUCUUGGAAAAACAGGAGAUGGCAAAAGCAGUGCUGGGAAUACAAUUCUUGGAAAUUAUGUAUUUUUAAGUGCUGCUUCACCUGAAUCUGUGACAACUGAAUGUGCUAGCAGUGAAAACACUGUUGAUGGAAGAAAGAUCAGCGUUAUUGACACACCUGGAAUUUUUGAUACUAAUCAUGAUGAUAAGAAGAUCAAAAAUGAGAUCAUACGAUGCAUGAUUGAAUGUGCUCCAGCUAUUGAUGCCUUAGUCAUUGUCCUGAAGGUUGGGAGGUACACAAAACAAGAAAAGAAGAUUGUGGAUACAAUUUUUGAAUAUUUUCAAGAAAAUACCUUUAAACACUCAGUGGUUUUAUUCACUGAUGGUAAAAAACUAGAAAAUCAAAGAAUUGAGGACUUUGUUCAGAAAAGUCCAAAACUACAGGAGCUGGUUGAUAAAUGUGGAGGUCGCUGUCAUGUCAUCGACAACAAAUACUGGAACAACUGUCAUUCAGGAGACAAGAGCAACAGAGUUCAGGUGAAAAAUCUGAUGGAGACCAUCGACAAGAUGGUGGAAGAGAACGGCUGCUACAGCAAUGAGCUGCUUCAGACGGUGGAGGAACACAUUCAAGAGGAGAUGAAGAUAAAUGAGGACAACUUGCCUCCAGAAGAGAAUCAAGAAAAAGCAAAGAAAAUUGUUCAUAAAAAAAUUCUGGAGCAAGUUGCUGGAGCAGCAACAGGAGCACUGAUUGGUGCUCUUCUGGGCGCAGGUGUUGCAUUAGCUUCAGUUGUGGCUGUAUUACAAAAAUAUUACCCUUUAAAGAAACUGAUAAAAGCCAAGGUAGAAGCUGCAGUUACAGGUGGAGGAGGAGCAGCAGUUGCAGGUGCAGCAGCAGUGGAGAUCGGAGCAGCGGCUGGAGGAGGACCAGCAGGGGUUAGUGCAGGUAUGAUCACUGCAGGAGUUCUCGGAGCUGCAGCUGUUGCAGGAGCUGCUGGAGGAGGAGUCGCUGGAUGGAAAGCGGCAGAAGACGCUGAUUCAGUGUGUGACGCCAUGAAGAAGGCAGCAACAGCUAACUAUGAGAAUGCAAAAGCUACUGUUGAGAAAAUACAAGAACUUUUUACACUUGCAAAAAAAACCCCAUAAAUUUAUUUUGAAAAUAGAUAUUUCAUUCAUUUUGUUAUGAGCCCCUGCUCUUUCUUUGCAUUUGUAUUCAGAAAUGAUCUCCAGCCUCAUUAACUAUAGCGUGCAGUAAUAGUUUGUUUAAAAAUGGUCUAAAUCAAAGUUAACAUAUUUCACAUUAUAGGGGAUAAGAGUUUGAUUUUUGUCUUAAAGCUUGACAAAUAAAUUGUGUUGCAGUCACCUGUGUUAAUUUCAGUGUUCAGUUCCCCUUAAAUGUAGUAUAUACACACUGAAAAAAUAAGAAGUUAAAUUUACUUAAUUUUUGCACGAAUAUUUUUAAGUAAAAUGUAAAUAAGGAAUUAAGUAAAAUAUACUUAAGUUAUCUAAAAUUAGUAAAGGAAA